AUGUCAGCUUUUAAUAAUAGUGGUAUCAAUUUCAAUUCACAGAUUAAUAUGAAUAAUAAUCAUAUGAAACAAUCUUAUUAUCAUUCGACCAUGGGAAAUCAACAGCCAUUCACUGCGUCUUUAUUGAAUAGUACAACAAUAACCAAUAAUAAUAAUAACAAUACUUAUGAUAGUAUGAUGAUGACAUCUUCACAAAUGACAAGAUCACAAAGACCAACACAACAACAGCAACAGCAACAACAAACAUUAGAUAUACCAGAGUCAUUCUUAGAGGAAGUGGUCAAUCAGAUGCGAAGAAUCGAAGAUAAUGUCGAUCAGUGGAAAUCGGAGCAUCUCGACACUCUUCGAAAGAAUAAGAUAUCACACUUUACCAGUACAACUAAAUUAAAAGAGAAGAUCGAUAAUCUAAACAAUGAAGAACUGUUCUUCAAACAAGCAGAUGAACAUUCAAAACAAAUUAUCGAAAGACAACGUGCAGAUAUACAAUCAUUUAUAGAUCAAAUCAAAGAGUUGAAAGAACGUCAGGAUAAACUACCACCAACAGUCCAACAUCUCUCUGGAUUGAUACGCGACGAACAGAGAGAAGUACACGAGAAACAACAAUCAACAAAUCAAACAGAAUCCGACAAUACCAAACAACUUUAUUUCAUCAACAAGAAUCUUGAAUUUUUUAGAGAGUAUUUAGCAUUGGAUAUAAAAGUUUCACAAGAUGGUGUAGAAUUUAAUUAUAAAUUAAUAGAUAGAUUAAACCCGGAUCAUUUGUUUUCAAUUGCUCAUCUAAAUAGAAUAAAAACAAAUAAAGUAAUAGAAUCAAAUUCAAAAGAUGAAAAGAAACAUUUAAAACAACAACAGCAGCAACAACAACAACAACAACAGCAGCAACAACAAGAUAAUAGUAAUAGUAAUAAUAACAAUAAUAAUAAUAAUAAUGGUGGAAUUUUAAGUUAUUUUAAUAAUAUAUAUAGUAAUGUAAAUGAUUGGUUUGUCUAUGCAUUCUCCAUAGAGAACUUCAAGCGACCACAACACGAAGUAAACUACCUAAUGGAAUUGGCCAACCAGAAAUUCGGAGAGGUCAUCUCUCGGUCACACAAACUUCAGAAACUCGGUGUCAGAAUUCGUAUUGUCGGUGACAUCUCCCACAUUCCCGAGAAAACACAAAUCAUCUUGGCAAAAGCUGUUAAAGCAACCGAAUCAAAUACAAAGGCAUUGUUAAAUAUAUGUAUGUCAUAUACUUCACAUGAAGAGAUGUUACAUUCGAUGAGGACACUAUCGAAGGGUGUGGAGGAUAAGGUUAUUAGGACAGAGGAUAUCGAUCAGAAUCUGUUUGAAAAGUUUAAAGAAAGACAAAAGAAGAGAAUAUCAUCAAAUAUCAAUAAUAAUAAUAAUAAUAAUAUUUGUAAUAAUACUAAUAGCAAUAGCAAUAGCAAUAACAAUAACAAUAACAAUAAUAAUAAUCAACAACAAUUACAAGAUAGUUUAAAUUCAACUGAUAGAAUAAGAGAUUUCAUUGAACUCAUAAAAAAGAAUGAAAAAGAUUUGUUUGAAGAGUUAUCAAUGAAAGAAGAACUAUAA